UGCUGACCUUGCUCUGACAUAUACUUUCGAAGAACAUGCGGUUUCCGAAAAGGAAAAGAUUUUAAAACUUGUUGAAUGAAUUGCAGAAGGCAUCUAUUCACAUAUGCAUUAUAUGCAUGUUAAGAGCUUUAUUUAAUUACUUUAUUACGUAUUCAGUGAAUUGUAAGAGCGAACCAGAUGUGAAUAAUAAGGCUAAGCUUGGUACUAUUUGUCAUUAACUAAUGCACGUUUCGAAUGUUGAAGACAUAAAAAGUUGAAGUAAAUGUUUCGUAAGCAAUAAUUGAAAAUGUCUUCAGUAAAUAACAAGCAUUUGGUGUCGUUAGCUUUAGUAGAGUGCAUUUUGCUUGCAAAAUUCUCUUUGAUAAGUUCGGCCGACAUGGAAGAAUCUCAAGAAAAGGAAGCCUCAAGAGAGCACAAACUAAACAGCGUGUUGUUUCUUCUGCUUUUUGCAUUACUCGUUAUUACUGUCUUGACAAUUUGGCUCUUCAAGGUGAAACGUUUUCGGUUUUUGCACGAAACUGGUCUAAGCAUAUUUUACGGUAUUAUAAUUGGAGCAAUCAUGAAAUAUGGUAUUACGUUAUCACCAAGAUCUUUUUACUCGUCCAACUGCAAUAUCAAUCCAACUGCACUUCCUACAAAUCUUUGGGUGACUGUAAAUGGCUCUAGAUAUUCAUAUAAGCUUACAGGGCCUGUAAAUGAAACAAAAAAGUUGCAACCUGAAGAUAAUCUGGAGGAAAAGGCUGUUUUUAAUCCUGAAAUAUUUUUCAAUGUUUUAUUGCCGCCUAUUAUCUUUUAUGCUGGAUAUGACAUGAAAAAGCGUUACUUCUUUCGCAAUAUUGGAGCCAUACUGACAUAUGCCUUUGUUGGAACAACAAUUUCAAGUAUUGUAUUUGGAUCGUUGAUAUACGGUUUUGUAAAAUUUCAAAAUAUCCAGAAAUUUGACUACGUCGAAUCCCUAUCAUUUGGUGCUUUGGUUUCAGCCACUGAUCCAGUGACCGUGUUGGCGAUUUUUCACGACAUGCAUGUAGAUGUUGAUCUUUACGCUCUUGUCUUUGGGGAAAGCGUUAUGAAUGAUGCUGUCGCUAUUGUUUUAUAUCGCUCAAUUAACAGCUAUUCCUCAAAUAGCGGAGAUUUUAAAUUCACUUCAUUAUUGUCUGCUAUUGGCGUUUUCGUUGGUGUUUUCGGAGGUUCAUUUAUGAUUGGUACCUUAAUGGCGUUGGUCACCUCUCUUUUAACAAAAUUUACAAAUAUUAGAGAUUUUCCACUAUUGGAAACCGCGUUAUUCUUCUUAAUGUCAUGGAGUACAUUUCUUAUGGCCGAGGCUGCUGGUUUGACUGGUAUAGUGGCUGUUCUAUUUUGUGGUAUAUCGCAAGCACAUUAUACAUACGACAAUUUGUCGGAACAGUCCAAGCAACAAACGAAACAAACUUUUGGAUUACUAAAUUUCUUGGCGGAAAACUUCAUUUUUUCGUAUAUCGGCCUGUCGGUGUUCACCUUUAGUAAACAUAAGUGGGAUAUUGGUUUUAUUUGUUGGUCAUUUCUUGCAUUACUUGUAUCUCGUUUUUUCAAUAUCUAUCCACUAUCUUUUCUGCUGAAUCUCGGGAGGAAGAGAAAAAUAUCAGCGAAAUUUCAACACAUGAUGUUUUUUGCUGGUCUCCGUGGUGCCGUGGCGUUUGCGUUGGCCAUACGCAACACGUCGUCUUUGGCACGACAAAUGAUGCUUAGUACGGUCCUAAUGAUAGUUCUUAUUACUGUUGUAAUAAAUGGCGGUAGCACAAUGUCAAUGUUGACGUACCUUAAAAUAAAAGUUGGUGUGGAUCCAGAUGAUGAAGGCUUCGACGAUGAAACAAGUUUUCACCGGGUUCGCACUUCAGAGGGAGACGUGACUUUUCCAGAGCGACGGUCAUACUACGAAAGAGUGUGGCUAUUUCGAUUGUGGUAUAAUUUCGAUAAAAAAUAUAUGAAGCCAUUGUUUACUAAAGCUGGUCCGCCUCUUUCUGAAACACUGCCCGCUUGUUGUGCACCUUUGGCUAACUUUUUAUCACAACCGAACAUAGCGGAGGCCGAAGCUCAGGGUGCAGCUCAAUCGGCUAGCAAUGAAAAUUUCGACAGUGAAACUUCGUACGAGCGAGGUGAUGGUAGAGAAGAUAGAGACCAACAUAUAUCUGUUGAUCAGGUGACGGCCGAUAGCCCUGGGGACAUUGAAAUGACCGAGGGAGAUUUAGGUCUAGGUGAUAGAACUUUCAAUCCUAGAAGUUAAACCACGGAAUAUCUUAGUCACUUCGUUUUUCCAUCACUCAAAUGGUCAAAUCUUAUUUUAAAAUGCAUCAAUCGUACAAUAAAUGCAUUCGGCUUUUCGAACAAUUUUAUAAA